AUGCUGCUGGCGAUCGUCAUGUUCAUCUUCGGCGUCACCCUCAUGCAACUGGCGUAUGCCCAUCUUCAGACGAACGAGGCUGACACGGCUGAAGUGACGAAGUACUACGGUACUUUGGGCAGAAGCAUGCUGACGCUCUUCAUGGCCAUAUCCGGAGGUAUAGAUUGGAAGGAUUCAGUCGCUCCGCUUGGGCCGAUGAGCUGGAUCUUGGAUUACUUCAUGGGCGUAUACGUGUUUUUUACUUUGUUCUGUUUCAUCAAUGUGAUAACAGGCAUUUUUGUGGACAAUGCGAAGGCAUUGGGGGAAACGGAAGCAAUGCAUCAGCGCUCUGCACUGGCUUUGAAGCGCAAAAUGUGGGUCAAGAAAGUGCUGGCUCUGUUCGCGCAGUUGGACUCUGGCCAAGAGGGUGACCUCUCGUACGAAGAGUUCGCGGCAGAGAUACAGGAUGAGCGAGUCCAAGAUUGUUUCCGCCACCUGGGGAUAAAUGUGGAGAACCACUCCGUGGAUGAGCUGUUUGACCUCUUCGAUGUGGAUGCCGAGGGGAAAAUCGAUCAAUCGUCGUUUGAACAGGCAAUCAGGCAAUUUCAUGGCCACGCGAGAAGCAUCGAUGUGUACAAGCUCCGGCGUGAAACACAAAAGAUUGCCAAGCAGGUUCGUUCUCUGCUUCAA